GUGGGGUUUGAUUAGCGUUGAUCAACUUUCUGUGUUUGGAUUAACAAAGAUCAACACAAUUAUACAAAUGGAGGACGAAAGAGAUGAAAUUCAACCUUAGUCGAAACAAAACUAUAGCUAUCAACGUCACUUGCCGAGAAACUCGCAGAUAAAAUUUCAAGUGUCGCUCCUCCUUCCAGCCAUUCUUGGACACUUGAACACAACAAGAGUAGAGUUUGUAGUAGAAUGGAGAAAGCUACGGCGCUGCUCGGCUCUUUAUUUGGCAGAGGAGUAGCCGAGCAAGAUGCUGCCAAAGUGAAGGAAUUAUUUGUGUAUCCCAUUAAGGGUUGCCGAGGGAUUUCUGUGCCUUUCGCCUGCGUUUCCCCCACCGGGUUUAGAUGGGAUAGACAAUGGUUGAUAGUAAAUUCAAAGUGUCGAGCAUACACCCAAAGAGUGGAACCAAAACUUGCAUUAGUUCAAGUAUCCUUACCAAUGGAGGCUUUUACUGAGGAUUUCAAACCAAAAUCCGAUACAUUUAUGACUGUUAAGGCACCAGACAUGUAUCCUUUACAGAUUCCUCUUUUCCAGGAUACAUUUCAAAGGAUAGAUAAUAUUUCAGUGUGGGAAUGGUGUGGCUCAGCAUUUGAUCAGGGGGAAAAUGCAGCCAAUUGGUUUUCAACGUACCUCGGAAAGCCGAGUCGCUUAGUACGUUUUGAUACAGAGUCAGAGGUUAGGCCAAUAGAUGAAAAUUAUGCUCGUGGUUAUAAAACCAUGUUUUCUGAUGAGUAUCCAUUUCUUAUGAUUUCUCAGAGCUCAUUAGAUACUUUGAACAAGCACCUGACAGAAUCUCUUCCCAUCAACCGCUUCAGGCCCAACAUAUUCGUAGAGGGUUGUGAACCAUUUGCUGAAGAUCUGUGGCAGACCUUGAGAAUAAAUGGGCUGACAUUUCAUGGCGUCAAGCUUUGUGCUCGCUGCAAGGUGCCUACUUUGAAUCAAGAAACAGGAAUUGCAGAAAAAGAACCCACUGAAACCUUAUCGAAAUUUCGAUCAGGAGAAAUCUUGUUUUCAGGGAAGAAAGCUAGAGGAAAGGUUUUCUUUGGACAGAAUCUGAUCUGUGAGGAAUCACUGAAUCCUAAAGCUUGUUUAGGAAAAGUAAUAAGAGUGGGUGAUAUGGUGCAUGUUGUCAAGAAAAUUAACUCUUCUGCUGAAGCAGCUACAUGAAUAUAGUCAUACUUCAUAGCUGGUAGUAUUUUGGGUGACUAUAUAUUUAAAUAAAAUGGUGCAAGGAGGUAAAUAGAAUUCAGACGUUCAAGGGGUUAAACUUAAUUGGUUAACUAUAGGGACAUCUGAAGUGUAAUUCUAAGUUGUGACUCUUUGUCUUCUAUAAUUAGCUUUUAAUGUGGAUAUGGUUUCUAAAUAAAGUGGGUUUCUAAGUGGUAA